GGGCAGCCGCGUAGGCCUCCACAUGUGACUAAUGCCCUGAAAGACCUUGGCAGGCGGGUAAGCGCCCGCUGAGCUCCUCCGGCCCCUCCCCCACCCUGGCCGCCCUUUUCUGUCGCUGCAGUGGUGUGUCACCUAGCAGUCAGCUGUCAGUGGCACAGAUGAACACAGCUUGGAGGAUCACCAACCCAAGACCAUGCAAGCCCAUGAAUUGUUCCGGUAUUUUCGAAUUCCAGAGCUGGUUGAUUUCCGGCAGUACGUGCGCACCCUUCCAACCAACACGCUUAUGGGUUUCGGAGCUUUUGCAGCACUCACCACUUUCUGGUACGCCACGAGACCUAAAGCCCUAAAGCCGCCAUGCGACCUCUCCAUGCAGUCGGUAGAAGUGGCGGGUAGUGGUGGAGCUCGAAGAUCCACGCUGCUUGACGGCGACGAGCCCCUGGUAAAUUUUUAUGAUGACGUCACAACCCUCUAUGAAGGCUUUCAGAGGGGCAUACAGGUGUCAAAUGAUGGCCCUUGCUUGGGCUCCCGGAAACCAGACCAACCCUACGAAUGGCUUUCCUACAAACAGGUGGCCGACCUGUCCGAGUGCAUCGGAUCAGCGUUGAUCCAGAAGGGCUUCAGGGCCGCCCCCGAUCAGUUCAUCGGCAUCUUCGCUCAAAACAGACCCGAGUGGGUGAUUAUCGAACAGGGAUGCUUCACAUACUCAAUGGUCAUCGUUCCACUGUAUGACACCCUCGGCAGCGAAGCCAUCACGUACAUUGUCAACAAAGCUGAACUGUCUGUGAUUUUUGUUGACAAGCCACAAAAGGCCGAGCUGUUACUAGAGGGAGUUGAAAAUAAGUUAACACCGUGCCUCAAAGUCGUGAUUGUCAUGGACUCCUACGACACUGACCUGGUGGAGCGAGGCAAGAAGUGCGGGGUGGAGAUCACCAGCAUGAAGGCCAUGGAGAACCUGGGAAGAGCCAACAGAAAGAAGCCCAAGCCUCCAGCACCUGAAGAUCUGGCAGUAAUUUGUUUCACAAGUGGAACUACAGGCAACCCUAAAGGAGCACUGAUCACCCAUCGAAAUGUCGUGAGCGAUUGCUCAGCUUUUGUGAAAAUGACAGAGACUGCAAUCAAUCCUUGCCCAGAUGAUAUUUUGAUAUCUUUCUUGCCUCUCGCCCAUAUGUUUGAAAGAGUUGUAGAGUGUGUAAUGCUGUGUCAUGGAGCCAAAAUAGGAUUUUUCCAAGGAGACAUCAGGCUGCUCAUGGACGACCUCAAGGUGCUCCAACCCACUAUCUUUCCUGUGGUGCCAAGACUGCUGAACCGGAUGUUCGACCGAAUCUUUGGACAAGCAAACACCGCCCUGAAACGGUGGCUGCUGGACUUCGCAUCCAAGAGGAAGGAGGCCGAGCUCCGCAGUGGCAUCAUUAGGAACAAUAGCCUCUGGGAUAAACUCAUCUUCCACAAGAUACAGGCCAGCCUGGGCGGGAAGGUGCGGCUGAUGGUCACAGGAGCGGCGCCUGUGUCUGCCACUGUGCUGACGUUCCUGAGAGCGGCCCUCGGCUGUCAGUUUUAUGAAGGUUAUGGACAGACCGAGUGUACUGCAGGGUGCUGCCUGAGCAUGCCUGGAGACUGGACAGCAGGCCACGUGGGUGCCCCAAUGCCUUGCAACUUUAUCAAGCUUGUUGAUGUGGAAGAAAUGAACUACCUGGCUUCCGAGGGUGAGGGCGAGGUGUGUGUGAAAGGGCCAAAUGUAUUUCAGGGCUACUUAAAAGACCCGGCGAAAACAGCAGAAGCUUUGGAUAAAGAUGGUUGGUUACACACGGGGGACAUUGGAAAAUGGUUGCCAAACGGCACCCUGAAGAUCAUCGAUAGGAAAAAGCACAUAUUUAAGCUAGCCCAGGGAGAGUACAUUGCCCCGGAAAAAAUCGAAAAUAUCUACCUGCGGAGUGAGCCUGUCGCUCAGGUGUUUGUGCACGGAGAAAGCUUGCAGGCAUUUCUCAUAGCAAUUGUGGUGCCAGAUGUGGAGACGUUGCGUCCCUGGGCGCGAAAGAAAGGAUUUGAAGGCUCUACUGAGGAGUUGUGCAGAAAUAAGGAUGUCAAGAAAGCUAUCCUGGAAGACAUGGUGAGACUUGGCAAGGAGGCUGGGCUGAAGACGUUCGAACAGAUCAAAGGCAUUGCUCUCCACACUGAAUUAUUUUCUGUGGAAAAUGGCCUUCUAACUCCAACAAUGAAGGCAAAAAGGCCCGAGCUCCGGAACUACUUCAGGUCCCAGAUUGAUGAACUCUAUUCCACCAUCAAGGUGUAAGGAAGAGGAGAAAAGCUCCAAAGGAAUGCCACCCCUUCGCGUCCCGGUCUCACCUGCUGCUGGCCUUCAUGAUGGUAAUUUUGACUACAGCAAGAGUGGGAAAGGAAGCAUUCUGCUUGGCUGUCCAUUGGGUUCUUGUCAUAGGAAUAGCGGAAACGGAACACUGCCUUACAGUCACCUCGUGUUGCAGACCAUGUUUCUGGUGGUACACAAUUUCCAAAGUGAGCCUUAACAAUUGGAAAGGGGAAACUCUAAAUGUACUAAGUUAUUUAAGACUUGCUCCGAUGUAAAGAGGUGGGUGUCCACACGUGUGUCUCCCUGUGUUUCUAGCCGUGUGGUUAGAACUUUGCUCUUUCUGAGAUGUCUGCUCUACUUACUGCACGCGCUGCAGUUGUCUGCUGCUCAAAGCCCACAGUGCACUGGAGGGACGCUGGCCCCUUACACGCGAGGACAGCUGCCCUGGCUGGAGAGUGUCACAAGAGGACCACAAGUUUUUUGGUUUUUGCUUCUGUUUUGUUUUUUCUUUAAAUCCCCUGCCACCUUCCCUUCCUAGCCCCAUUCCCCACGCACUCACAUGGCCCUCCUGAUUCGUAAGGGGUCCCAAGUCCCCUGUCAUUUCUGAAGGUUCUCAGUGACCGGAGAAGGCGUCUGGCUCAGCAGCGCAGAUACCGACUCACCCACUCGCUGACUCACCCGCAGCGCGAUGCACUCGGGCUCGGCUCCCUGGACCCGCCUCCCUCCCUCCGGCUCUCCCCAGGGACUAACGAAAAACCUGCCUUAGACUCUACAGUGAAGACAAGCAUUUCAAGAAAGAAUGAAUGACCUGGAUUGCCACGAUCAGCUGUGAUAGCUAAACAACUGUCCACUUUCUCUUCACUGAACCACUCUCUCUGUUUGUAUCUGCCAACAGAUUUUUAAUGUGGUUUUCAUAUCAAACGAUCAUGUUGUGAUUAUCUUGCUUUUGUUUUGUUUUUGUUUUUGUGUUUGUUUUUUUCUCCCCAAAUAAACUCUCAGGCAAAGCAUGUCUUCAAAAAUAUUAAGGGACUAGAUAUACUUGGGUACUUGAAAUGGACAAUAAUACGCAGAUGUUCUUGAAUAUCAUAAUGCUACCUGAUUUCUAUGAAAUGUAUUUGACAAGCCAAAAUUUAGGGUGUAGAAAUAAGGAAAAAUCAUUUCCUGGGAUUAACUUCUCAAGGGAUUUUUUUUAAGUUAAUUUGGGAAAUUAACAGUGUUUUAUUUUAUUGCAGGUCUUUACCACGUCUGACUGCAUUGAGCUUUGAUUUAUACAUUUAAAGCAGUUGUCUUGGAUAUGUGAGAGUACACGUAUUAUACAAGCACAACAGGGUUUGCACUCAUGAAUUGUCAUUGUAAUAACACUAUUUGGUAGCCUAACUUCAUAUACGUAUUCCUAAAUGCACAAAAAGUCAAUAAUUUGUCACACUGGGGUUUUGAAUGUUUGCUUUAAGUGUUGGCUAUUUCUAUGUUUUAUAAACCAAAACAGAAUUUCCAAAAACAAUGAAGGAAACCAAAAUAAAUAUUUCUGCAUUUGAA